AUGGCAAAACAAUCAACGCCGUAUCAUCAAAAUAAUAAUCAAGUACAAUAUACAACAAUUGUGCCUCCAAAUGCAAUACACACAGAUAAAAAACAAACAGAAUCAGAUCGAGUACAAGCGGUGUAUGUUAACUAUGACGAUGCAUUUCAAGAAGACGAAACAGUCGACUAUUUUGGUCAAGCUAAAUAUCAUAUAUCUCAAAAUGCUCAUCAUCAACAACAACAUGUUCUUUCUCCUCCUCGAGAUAAUCCUUUGCAUUUUUAUUUACAAUCGGUUGAAACUAUAUCGGAAACGCAUAAUAACUCUCAAAAUCGUUAUUAUUCAAAAGAUAAUAGUCGUUCGUCAACGCCAUCAACCGAAAGUGGUGGUGGUGCAAAUUCACUUGCUUUUCAACGACGUCUAUAUCCUCAACUACGUGGUAGACAACGACGGACCGAUGUUCAAUCCAAAACACCCGACGAUGAAUUAAGUCCAGAUUUAAUUAAUUUAAGAUUAAAUAAUCCAUCAUCACACACACAUUCACAUACACAUUAUCAUGAACCUGUUCCAUUUACACCUGAAUCAGCACGACUCGAUCAUUUAUCAGCAAUUACUAGUGGACAGAUAAAAAUUCAACAAUCCGGUUCAACUGACGAUUAUCUAAACGAUGCUAGUGAUGAGAGAAAAAACUUAUUACCACAACAUUUUUUAGUCAAAUAUUUAGGACGAACACCCUGUACAUCGAUUUGGGGUGCUAAAGCAGUACGAGGACCAAUUGAUGCCAUGAUACAUAGUGCUCAUCAAUUGCCAACAAUGGCUGACCUUCCAACAUUAGAAGCGCGUAUAAGUACCAAAGGUCUCCUACUAACUCAACGAUUACAUAAAACAAAUAAUCAUCGUCAUCGUGAUCGUUCAAGUAAAAAAAGCAACCAUAGUCCACAACGAACGGGACAUUCAAGAGCAUUUAGCCCAUUGAGGCAUGUAUUUAGUAGUAGUGCGACUACGACGAAUAAAGAUGAUCAUCGAAAUAGUACUGAUGAACGACAUGGUUUAAUACCAUUAGAAAAUAUCUCCUAUGUUAUGCAUGAUAUGAAAUAUACAAAAGUAUCAGCAUGUAUUGUAUUACGUCAAAAGGAGAAUGAAACCAUAACAGAAUGUUAUGCACUUUUAUUUCAAAAUCGAGAAUAUGCACAGCGAUUUGCUUUAGCACUAGCGGAAGCAUUCAAUACUAAAGCGGUAUCAAAGCAACAACAAUUAGAAUCUACACAAGAAAAACCGUCACGCUCUUCUCGGCAACCUGUGUCGAAUGCACAUUCACGAAAAGACGUUCAUCCUAGACGAUCGAAACAUCGUCGAAACGAAGAUUAUUUAAGAGAUUCUGAGGUGUAA